AUCAAAACCGUACUAGUAACCAUCCAUGUCUCAUCUUUGUGUUCAUUCUCGGUAGCAUCAUGGUCGUCCGUCCGUAUUUUACCAAAGAAAGAAAAGUACUUCCUUUCGACAAACUCAUAGAGCUCGAACAAAUCGACGAGUUGACGUUCCGCUCAAUAACCAAAGGCUACUCACCAACAGGCGGAGAAAAUGGGACGUAUGGCGGUCAUAUCUUUGCGCAAGCUGCAUGGGCUGCAGCACAAACAGUGAAAGAGGGAUUCCUAAUACAUAAUAUCACCGGCUGGUUCAACCUUGCUGGAAACCCCAAUGAGCACUUCACAUACCGCGUAGAGAAAAUCCGCGAUGGCUACAACUACUGCUCCCGCAACGUAACUGUGAGCCAAGCUGCAGCGAAAAGCAGCACAUUCACAUGCACAUGCUCUUUCAAGCGCGAAGAAAGCGCAUCAGUCGAUGCCCAAGAGCACAUCGACCUAAAAGAAAUGUACCACGAAGCCCUAAAAGGCCGAGAAAACGAACCAAUGCAACACUCCCCAACCCCCAGCAACGACUCCGCCGUAUUCGUCGAAGACUAUCUCCCAGCCCACCCAGACCACUUCAACCCAAUCCCCGGCCUGCACCUCCGAAAAGUCGAAAUGGCAAACUACAACCGUACCCGCGCACCGCUCGACCGAAAGCAAUUAACGUUCUACUCGCUGCGAGGAUCAUUACCACUACCCACAGCACCAUUCCCACCUCCGUCAGAUCCCAGGAAAAUAAAUCUGACCAGAGAAGCAAACAUGCACGCCUGCACUCAUCUCUACGCCUCAGACUGCCAAUCCCCACAAAUCGUUCCGCGCCACCUGGAUAAGCCCCGCGACUUCACGCGCAUGGCAUCGCUCAGCCACAGUGUGAUUUUCCACACGGGCAUCUGCGAUCUCGUCAUGGCUCCUGAACCGCGGGUCGAUCAUCCUGACGCUGAUCCUACGUUACGGAACGACGGGCCUUUGCCGGUGUGUAAUCUCGAGGGGUAUGGGAAGGGGGAUACGGAUGGGAGGAAGUGGUUUGUGCAGGAGUCGUGGGUUACGCGGGCGGCGGAGGGGCGGGCGCUGUAUAUGAGUCGGAUGUGGGAUUAUGAGAGGGGGGUGCAUGUUGCGACUACUUUUCAGGAUGGACUAGUUAGGUUUAAGGAGGAUGUGAGAUUGUAGCGGCUUUUUUUCCUGGAUCGUAGGGGAUGGGGGUUGUAGAGUCGUGGC